AACCUUCAAACACCGCCCUGAGUAUAGUACCACGCAGGCGCCAACUAACUCCUUUGCCAACUGCCCUCCCCCGUCUGUGCGGCCCCUGGAGACACGCUCCUGGGGCUAAUGCGCAAGCGCCGUUCUACCCAACUCGCUGUCUCGUUACGCAUGCCCGGACGGCGGCUGGGUACUCUAGGGAAUUUACCACCGGAAGUUCGGCGGCCAUCACCAAAGAGUGCAGCUGAAGAAACACUUAAAUUCUGGAAAUAGCGACUCAGUAUCAUGGCUGGCAGCCCUAAUGAAGAUUCAGAAGGAAGCAGAAUUACUUAUGUGAAAGGAGACCUUUUUGCGUGCCCCAAAACAGACUCUUUAGCCCACUGUAUCAGUGAGGACUGUCGAAUGGGCGCUGGGAUAGCUGUCCACUUCAAGAAGAAAUUUGGAGGGGUGCAGGAACUGUUAAAUCAACAAAAAAAGUCUGGAGAAGUGGCUGUUCUGAAGAGAGAUGGGCGAUAUAUAUAUUACCUGAUUACUAAGAAAAGGGCUUCACACAAGCCAACUUACGAAAACUUACAGAAGAGUUUAGAGGCCAUGAAGUCCCAUUGUCUGAAGAAUGGAGUCACCGACCUCUCCAUGCCAAGGAUUGGAUGUGGUCUUGAUCGUCUGCAAUGGGAAAAUGUAUCUGCGAUGAUUGAGGAGGUCUUUGAGGCAACAGACAUCAGAAUUACUGUGUACACACUCUGAACAGAUGAGCAUUUUGGAUAUGUCUACCUUCUGUGUCAUCUGGGCCUUAGGACUGAGCAAACUGACCUUAAAAUGGUCAGAGGAAAGUUUCAUGUGAAGUAGUCUGUGUCACAGGCCAGACUUCGGUUGCUGUAUUCUCAUGAUUGGACUGGGACUCUGGAAGAGGGAUUGCUUGGGAAGUGUUGCUGGGAAUUUUUUUUUUUUUUCCAGGAAGGUAAGGCAUAGAUGGCCUGAUACUAGGUGGGGAAGCCAACUGUUGGGCCUAUGACCCCUGUUUUGCUAGGGGAUGCUACUUGAUUUGUUUGGGUUGCCACUAGGUGUCAGCAUUGCUUCUCCUCUGCUGUUGAAGAGAAAUUUCAGGAAGGAUGAACAUUUCAGUUAAUUUUGCAUUUUUUGUCAUUUGUGCACUUACCUGGUAUUAUCCUUAUGUCAUAAAAUUCAUCCUAGGAGAGAAAUACGGGUUCAGUUUUGUUUAAAUUACAAGAAGGAGUUUUAUGUUGUUAACAACAAGGAAUUUGUGGUGACAAGAAUGGAAAAAUAAAUAAAUUCUUGGGGGGGCGGGCAGUGAGGUUCUGUGCACAUGUCUGUGUUGUUCUGGACUUGGGUAAUGGAGGAUUCACCUGUAACUUAAUCCGAGGAGUCAGACAGAGGGUCCAGUACGAAGAGCAGCAAGGUGAGAAAUAAGACAUCAGAAUGGGCAAGAACUGUGGGUCAGCACACUGGGGAGGCAGGCUUUUGGAAUCUCCCUGUGGUGAACUCCUGCUCUCUUUUGUCCACCACAUAGGUUCUGUGAUCGAACCUGUCUGAAUUCAAUAAUAAAACAAAUAAAAUACUAUGUGAAAUGUGUGGCAAAGUUCUUAGUGUGGAGCAAUGACUGAAUAAAUCAAUAGUUCUCAACAAAACCCGUAUGAAUGUCCUUAAAAAAAAAUAAAGGUCCACUGCCUCCAAAA